AUGGAAGUUGAAAAUGCAAUCAGCCGUCGCGAUGCACUUCUUCUUCAUGGCAGCCUUCCUGUGGCUCAACACCAUGUGCUGGAACAUCUGGUGGACCUUCAGGUCCAAUUUGGCAGGUCCUUGGACAUGGUUUUUAAUGACCAGUGGCGACUUCUUAGGGAAGUAUCGUACGAAUCAUGA